CCGCUCGCCCGCCGGCACCAGGGCCCAAGGGCACCAUGACCCUGCUCAAGCUGUCCCUCAUGGCCUUCAGCUUCGUCUUCUGGGCAGCGGGGCUGACCAUGCUCAUCAUCGGCCUCUGGGCCAAGGUGUCUCUGGGCAGCUACCUGGCGCUGUCGGCCAGCGACUAUCCCAGCGCCCCCGCCAUCCUCUUAGCCACCGGCGUCGCCGUCAUCAUCUGGGGCUUCCUGGGAUGCUUCGGGGCCGCCACGGAGCACCGGGGGCUCCUGCGCGCCUACAGCGCGUUCCUGACGGCCGGGCUGGCGGCCGGGCUGGCGGCCGGGCUCUCCGCGCUACUGUACCGCCAGACCCUGGCGCACGGCUUCCAGGAGGGGCUGCGCCAGGCGCUGCUGGCAUACGGGGAGGACGAGCGGGUGGCCGACGCCCUGGACGCGCUGCAGCGCGCCUUGUCCUGCUGCGGGGUGCAGAGCUACCGCGACUGGCUCGCCUCGCCCUGGGGGCUGGAGCAGAACGGGUCGGUGCCGCUCAGUUGCUGCCGGGCCCGUCGGGGCUGCCAGCGCAGCCCGCCCGACGCUCGCAGGCUGCACCGCGACGGCUGCUUCGCCAAGGUGUCGGCCUUCGUCGGCAGCAACAUGUCUUAUGUUGCCACCGCUGCCCUGGGACUGGCACUGCUGCAGCUCAUCGGCAUUGUGCUGGCCUGCUUGCUGGCUGCCCGCGUCCCUGCUGGCCUGCUGGGCACGACCACCCCUCGCUGAGGUCCCCCCACUCCUGUCCCUUGUCCUCUCCAGCUCCCUUCUUUCCUCCAGAACUGAGUGCACCCCACUGGGAAAAUCCUCCCUUCAUAUACACCACUUUCACCUGAGCAUCCUUCUCCAUGCUCCAUUUCUCCUCUGGAGCCCGUGUCAGACAUGUGUCAAUGCUACGGGCAUCUCCACAGCCCUUCAGAAGGUAAGGUGCUGGGAAGACAUCUCCUGGCCUGGCCAUGUCCCACUGCUCUCCUGGAGCCUCUGCAUUUUUUCUGCAGAGUGGUGGCAGCACGGACAGACAGGGCUCUGGGGCAGCAGGGACACCUGGGGCAAGGCUGACUGGUUUUCUGGGUGAUGUAAAUACCCAAGACACUGAAAUGUGAGGCAGGAAAGAGGAGAAGGUUUGGGAGAGCAAGAGAGAUGUCUCUCGACAUUACACUAUAUGAGUAUUUCUUGGAGACUGGAAAAUGGUGUCACUGGAAAACUGCUAGAGUGCACGAGGGGCAGGUCUGGUCCAGGGGCACCUAGGUAGCCAUGCCAGAAGCUGACUCUGGGAGCUGCUUGAGGGUCUGUCCAGCGUCGUGCACCCCAUUGCUGCCAAGAUUUUCCACCAUUGCUGUGGGCGGAUUCAAGCGCCACGGGUGCUUUUCCUGCUGUGGUGUUUCCAAUGCUGAUCUCGAUCUAAAGGUGGAGCUGCAGCUCUGUUACUCCCUCCUUCAGGAUGUGCCUAUCCUCUUAGCCAGUGCGUCGCAGAUUAUGUCUUUGCAGGGCUGCAAAGACCUUAAACGCGGGUCCUUGUCAUUCAAGAAGGUGGCAAAGGCUGUAGGAUCAGAUCUAACGAGGGAUGGCAAGAGAAGGAAAGGGCUCGUUGCCCUUCAGAAGUUUCUUUUGGACUUUUGAAGUGAACUUUAGGCACAAAGACAUGCCCCU